AUGAGUCCAUCCCCUGCUGAAGAACCUUCACUGCAGCAAUCCAGGAGUCCAUCCCCUGCUGAAGAACCUUCACUGCAGCAAUCCAGUAGUCCAUCCCCUGCUGAAGAACCUUCACUACAUGGGCUCAGGAGUCCAUCCCCUGCUGAAGAACCUUCACUACAUGGGUUCAGGAGUCCAUCCCCUGCUGAAGUACCUUCAUCAGGAGUGUUUAACUGUUCAUCCGUUGAGAGACACCUACCACCAGCGUCCGCUAGGCCUCCAUCUUGGGACUACACUUGUGAUGUGGUGGGGAACUUAAAUGUCGCUUUUCCACUGGGAGACGAGGCUUCAGGUGUCACCGGUACUCGACUAUCUUGCAGCUCCUUCCCUGCAGUUGCGAAGAGAGCAUCAUCGCCUCUUCAAGGGAGGGAAAAUAAUGACCCCGCAUGCAGCGCCUCUGUUAGUGAGACAGGUGGUGAGGCAACUUUUGCUGUUGAAGAACAUUCAGAAAACAAAGUUGCAUCAGGCUUUAAAAGGAAAAGAAGCGUAGACUUAACAGCUAAUUAUGAUCAACGGAAAAGAACUGCAGUCGAUCAAGUAGAUCUUCUUAAGAAUAUUCUGAGAGAGAAUCUAGAGGCUCAAACUUCGCACGGUAUUGUCCAUCGCAAAAGAGUGGUCACUCGCGCCGUGUCGAGGAGGUUGGCUCGCCGCUCACCAAAUCAUAGUCUUCAGCAUGUGGCUGCUGCAAGGACUGAAAUAUUCGAUGCUGUGGAGUCCGGAAAUUUUGAGAGGAUGCGGGAAUUGCUUCAAGACACUGGCCCUGGCGUAAGGCAUGGGAACACCCGCUGUACGCUUCUCCACGCGGCAGUGGAACACCAGCAGGUGGACAUGGUGCUGUUCCUCCUCAAAGUUAUAAGUCCCAACGUGGUGAACAAGGAUGGGCGCACGCCGGCACACUUGGCUGCACGGAGCGGCCACACGCAGGUACUCAGACUGUUGUUGGCAGACCCUCAGAUGGAUCCAGACAAGCGGGACAGCUCCAGGAAGACUUACAAACAUUGGCUGGUGCUGCCGCUGCUGGAGGCAGUGCUGAAGAACAGCCGCGCAAAGGUUCAGGAGUUGCUGAGGCUUGACGCUGACCCAGACUGUGCUGUGGAGCCCCUGUGGGAGGGUCCCGCUGCCACGGAGCUGCAGGUCACCACGGCGCGGCAGCUGGCGCACACACUGCACCAUGACGACAUACUAGCACUGCUGAAAAGGCGUGCUGAGGAUGAUGCCGAAGAUGACGACCCGGGCGUUCCGUUGCAGACGAUGGUGCAGCGCGACAACAGCGGCACGAAUAAGAAAAUAAAACUGUGUGUUGACGUGUCUCCAGCCGAGAUCAGCGGGAAGGACGUGUACAAGAUGGACGCCGCCCCCAGGGGCUACGUCUGUCUCCUCGGCUACGGAUCCUUCAAGGGCCGUCCGGACCUAAACCUCGAGGGUUCAGAAACCGACGCCCACAACCUGGCCAACAUAUUCAGCAAGAUGGGGUACAGUGGCCGCGCCCACUUCUCCCUCACGGCCAAACAGACGCGGCAGCAACUAGCUGACCUCAGGGACAAUAAGAUGCUGGAGCAGGCCGGCUGUGCCGUCUUCGUUAUUUCUAGUCACGGCGCUUCUCGCCGACACUUUCUGACCAGCGACAUGCAGACCAUCGACACUCAGUGGGUGCUCGACUUCUUCAAGGACUCACAGUGUCCCUCCCUGAAGAACAAACCAAAACUAUUCAUCUGGAACUUGUGCCGCGGACACCUGCAGGAGGAGAGCGGCCGAGGAGGCAGCCAGGGCGAAGUGAGCAGCCGAGUGGACGAACCGCUGCGGGAUGUGAUGUGCCUCGAGGCGGCAAGCGGAAGCUUCAGCUGGCACAGCUUCUCCGAGGACGGAACUCCCUUCAUCGGGGCGCUGUGCCGCACUCUGGCGCGCCACGCCGCCACCAAGGAGCUGACACAGCUGUACAGAGACUUUCUGCAGGAGUACACCGACGUGGCCCCCUAUGCUGUUCCGCAGCUCACUAACCACGGCUUCAGUAAGAGGUUUUACUUUAAUCCAGACAUUAAAAACUGUGUUUCCGGAAACUUAUAAGGCGCCAUAUCUAUCUUGACAUGUUUUUAAUAGAACUAAUAGUAUGCUGAAUUGGUGGCUGUUUAUACAUGUUGAGCAAAUGAAUAAUAAAUCAAUUUGAGAAGCUUUAUACCUCAAACAAUCCAGCUAACAACUGUCAACUGUCACAUGGGUUUAGCAGCUUAUAUAUAUGUUUAUUGUGUCCACUGUUUAGUUACCUCAUGGCUUAGUUACCUCAUACCACUGUAACACUAAACUUGAGAAGCGCCAGUUCGGCCAUCUACCUUACAUGUAACCCUGAAUAAUAUGUUAAAUAAUAAUGUUAAAUGCAACAAAGAA